UGUUGUUACCGGAGUCGCACUGAUUGAGCGGCUUGUCAUGAGUUAUUUAGUGGUCUGCUGUAAUAGUUACAUCGGACAAAUAGUGUUUUCGUGAAUAACAAUAUUUUCAUCAAAUAAACAAACCUUUUCUGAGGGCGAGAAGGAGCGAAGUCUGCCCUCGUGGGUGCCUGCCACCCCACGCGACCGGUCGCCUGUUGGAAGCAUUUCAUCCACUGCAGCGUGCUUUCCUGUGAGCAGGCGGUGGAGCAGCAGUGGUCAUCAUGAGUCCGCGUGUGUGUGCGUCGUGCGGGGGCACGGACAUCGAUGUGGACCAGGCGCGGGGCAACGCUGUGUGCAUGGGCUGCGGCUCCGUGCUGGAGGACAACAUCAUCGUCUCCGAGGUGACCUUUGUGGAGAGCGGAGGAGGCGGAGUCUCAGCAGUCGGACAGUUUGUCGCCUCUGACGGUUCUGGUCCGACUCCUUCCCUGGGCCGAGACUACCACAUGGGGACGGGAAAAGAGUCCCGCGCUCAGACACUGCAGAACGCGAGGCGUCAUAUCAACCAGCUGGGCCACCAGCUGCAGAUGAACCAGCACUGUCUGGACACGGCGUUCAACUUCUACAAGAUGGCGCUGUGCAAGCACCUGACCCGCGGGAGGAAGAGUGGCCACGUCAUCGCCGCCUGCCUCUACCUCGUCUGCCGCACCGAGGGCACCCCACAUAUGCUGCUGGACCUGAGUGACAUUCUGCAGGUGAAUGUGUAUGUGUUGGGCAGGACCUUCCUGGUGUUGGCCCGAGAGCUGUGCAUCAAUGCUCCUGCUAUAGACCCAUGCCUGUACAUUCCUCGGUUUGCGCAGCUGUUGGAGUUCGGCGAGAAGAACCAUGAUGUUUCCAUGACGGCGCUGCGUCUCCUGCAGCAGAUGAAGCGUGAUUGGAUGCACACAGGCCGCCGCCCCUCAGGCCUUUGUGGAGCAGCUCUGCUUGUUGCGGCCCGUAUGCAUGAUUUCCGUCGGACAGUGAAGGAGGUUAUCAACGUGGUCAAGGUGUGUGAGGCCACUCUCAGGAAGAGGUUGACUGAGUUUGGGGACACGCCCACCAGUGAGAUGACUAUUGAUGAGUUCAUGAGGGCGGACCUGGAGAAGGGGGGGGAGUGUGACCCGCCCUCCUACACCGAGGGGAAGAGGAGACAGCGCCUCCAACAGCUGGAGGAGAAACUGGCAAAGAAACUGGAUGAGAUGGAGGAUGAGGUGUUCUGUUAUCAGGAUGAGAUUGAUGGGGAAUUGGAGAGCUGCAGACCCAAACCGAGAGGGAGAUACGCCACUAGCAGCAGAGUGGACUCCUCGGUGCAGUCAGACCAAGGGGAGGAGCCUGAGGACGAGGCGGAGCUUCGUGAGGCGGCCCGUUGCCUGGCGAUGCGUCAGCUGACGCGUGAGUCUGGCGAUGAGGAUGAGGAAGAUGAUGAUGAGGAGGAGCGGGCAGCGCCUCUCAGACGGCCCUCUGUCGCCGCCCUGCUGGGCCCUCUGCCCACUGCAGCCAGCCUCGGCCUCCAGGACUCCAUCAGCAAGUGCCUCGGGGACGAGAAGGAGAACCAGGAGGAUGCUUCAUCAGAAAGUGGAGAACUGGACCUAAGUGGUAUUGAUGAUGAGGAAAUUGAGCGGUACCUCCUAAAUGAGAAGGAGGUGAAGAUCAAGACGGCCAUGUGGCUGCAGCAGAAUGCUGACUAUCUGAAGGAGCAGAGAGAGAAAGAGGAGAGGAUAGCAAAAGAGAAAGAGCUGGGCAUCUACAAGGAAAAGGUAAGAAGAAGACUAAGUGGCGGCUCCACGGGCGCACGCCCAAUCCAGGCGGGUUCUGGCGGAUCGAGGCUAUCGAGAAGAUGUUGGAGCAAGAAGCUCACCAAGAUCAACUACGACGUUCUGAAGGACCUCAACUUUGAGAAACACUGGUCUAACAGAUGCAGCUUUUACCUGUUUUCUGGCUGUCUGGGCAGCCAGAUCAGCAGCCUGGGGAAGAGGUUACGACCUCUGGUGUCUGCUCUACCUGCUAAGAAGCUGGCCCUUGAUGAGCUGGUACCUGGCGGUGCACUACCGGCGCCCCCUGUGGCUGUUGCGGGCGCUGCGGUCAGCCAGUCUGGUGUGGUGGUGGAGAGCGGACCAGUGGCCUACGAGGACGCGGCCGAGGAAGAGGAAGAGGAGGAAGAGGAGCCCUGCGUCAGCGCCAUGCAGCUACUGGGCGGCAGCGAAUAUGGCUGUGAUGACGAUGAUGAAGGCUAUUAAUAGCGAAGUGUGUUUUGUGUG